AUGACUUGGGAGAACCACUCAGUAUUGAUGGAAUUUGUGUUCCUUGCCUAUCCUAAUCGCCUAGAACUACGUAUGCUCUGCUUCCUUGGAGUAAGCCUGGCUUAUACAUUGAUCAUCUCUGGGAAUAUUCUCAUUGUGGUAUCCAUCCAGACAGAAACCCGUCUACAUGCACCCAUGUACUAUUUCUUGGGAAGCUUAUCAGGUAUAGAACUAUGUUACACUGCAGUGGUGGUACCUCACAUCCUAGCAAACACCCUGCAGUCAGAGAAGACCAUUACUCUGCUGAGCUGUGCCACCCAGAUGGUCCUUUUCAUUGGACUUGGCAGUGCUGAUUGCUUCCUCUUAGCUUCCAUGGCCUAUGACAGAUAUGUUGCCAUCUGUCAUCCCUUGCAGUACCCUCUCUUCAUGACUGUAACUCUUUGUGUUCGCUUGGUUGUGGCUUCUGUGGUCAUUGGCAUGGUCUUGUCCUUACAGCUUGUGAUCUUCAUCUUCUGUCUACCAUUCUGUCAGGACAGAGGAAUAGAACAUUUUUUUUGUGAUGUGCCACCAGUGAUGCAACUUGUGUGUGCCACUAGUCAUAUCCAUGAGCUUUCUGUGCUAGUGGCUGCUGCCCUAGCCAUAGCUGUGCCUUUCUUUUUCAUUGCCACCACCUAUGCCUUGAUAGGAGCAGCUGUGCUCAAACUCCACUCAGCAACUGGCCGUCACAGGGCCUUUAACACCUGUUCCUCCCACCUCACUGUGGUGUUGUUGCAGUAUGGCUGUUGUGCCUUCAUGUACCUGCGCCCCAAGUCUAGUUUCCAUCCCAAACAAGAUCAGUUCAUCUCCCUGGUAUACACACUGGGAACCCCAUUCCUCAAUCCUCUUAUCUACACUCUGAGGAACAAUGAAAUGAAAGGUGCCAUAGAGAAAGUACUUACCAGAAAUUAUUUCUCCCAGAAAAUUGUACAAUAG